AAUGCCCUUCUUCCAGUGGGAAGCCCAACCACGCAGACAUCCUGCUUGUAAACUUACAGUAUGUGUCAGAAGUGGAAAUAAUCAACGACCGCACGGAAACGCCUCCACCGUUAGCCUCCCUCAACGUCAGCAAGCUUGCCAACAAAGCACGGACGGAGAAGGAGGAGAAGAUGAGCCAGGCAUAUGCAAUUAGUGCUGGUGUCUCCCUGGAGGGGCAGCAGCUCUUCCAGACUAUCCAUAAGACCAUUAAAGACUGUAAAUGGCAGGAGAAGAACAUAGUUGUGAUGGAAGAAGUCGUUAUUGCUCCUCCCUACCAGGUGGAAAACUGUAAAGGCAAAGAGGGAAGUGCCCUGAGUCACGUACGGAAAAUAGUGGAGAAACACUUCCGAGACGUGGAAAGCCAGAAGGUCCUGCAGCGUUCACAAGCACAGCAGCCACAGAAGGACACAUCCCUGUCAUCCUGA